AUGUUUAAACGAGUAGAAAGUAAUGGUGAAAAUGAAUUUUCUCUACCUGCAAAACGUCCAAAGUAUGAUAUAAAGAAAGGGAGUUUGUCAGAUACUUCUAUAAACAAUAAAGAUUCAAGAAAUAAAAAAUAUGGAAGAGAUGAUGUUUGGGGAGAUGAUUUUGCAGAAGAGGAUAUUGAAGAAAUGGAUUUUAUAGCUACUCAGGCUUGUUUGCAGGACGAUAAUAUUGUAAGUCAAUUAGAUAUAGAUAAAAAAACUUUUAUAGAUAAUGCAAUACCAUCUACUAGUAAAAUUAACUUAAAUAAUAAUGAUCAUAAAGUAUCAAAAACUUCUGCACAUGUAUUCAGUAAUCAAAGAAGAAAAGAAGAAAACAUAAAAGAUAUAAGCACUGUAGUUUCUGUUGACUAUAACGAGUUUGAAAAUAAAUUAAUAAAUAAAAAAAUAUAUAAUUCAACAUUUAAAUUAGAUGACAAUGUUACUGCAGAAUAUGCAAAAGAAUUGGAAAAGUUAAAAUAUGAAAAUCAGAAGUUAUUAAAUGACUUCAUAACUAAAGAAGGAGAAGCUGUAUUUUUACGAAACCAAUUACAACAAACUCAGUUAAGAGCAGAAAAUGAUAGAUUGGAAAAAACACGUUUUAUUGAAGAACAAGAAAAUCGACAUAGAUCGGAAAUUAAUACUAUUUGUAAAGAAAAGGAAAAUUUAAAAACACAACUUGAAUUGCAAACAUUUGAAAUAGGAAAUUUAAUGGAACGUUGUAAAUUAUUAGAAAGUGGAAAUAUUAAAUUAACAGAACCACAUACUAUAAAUUUAAAUCUUUCUAUGAAUAAAAAUAAAUUUAGUUCGCCAAAGAAUCGAUCAUCAGUUUCAAUUAUGAAAUCAAUAAAAGUUAAAGACACUUAUGUACAAACUAGUAAAAUGAUUAAUAAAAGCAAUCAUUUUCUCAAAAUAUGGAAUCCAUAUUUUCCUCUUGCAGAAAUUCCGAAAUCAAUAUACGAUCCACCACAACCAGAAAAAUCUAUAGUUGAUAUUCAGAUUAUAGAAAAAAUAGGAAGACGAAAUUUGCCAAUUUUACAAGAAGAAGAUACAUCAAGAAUAUUCGAAAAUCCAGAAUUAGUAAAACCAAUAACGACUAUGAUUGACGAUAAAAAAUUAUCGGUGGAAUUUAUUGUGCCAGAAAUAGUUGCUCUUCAGCGAAAAACCAGUUUAGAACUUGAGGCAGAAGAAACUAUACCAUUAAUAAACAAAUUAAUUUCUACUGCAAGAGAAUUAAUUUUAAAUGUAAUAAUUAUUCUACAAACGAUUUCCCAAGCUAUGAAGAAUGACGAUAUUCGAGACAUGAAUGACAUUUAUUUUUCUUCUUUAUAUUCGAGUUCUGACUUCAAUGGAAAAUGCGUGUGUUCUGCUAAUGCAUGGCACGAAUGUGAACGUGGUGUUGAAAUUAGAAGAGUGUUUGGCGUAUUAUCGUAUGUAAGUGUGGAAUCAACUUAUCUUAGCAAGUAUAUUGCAGGAAAAACACGUUUACUCGUAGAGAGAGAUGAGUCUUAUAAAUGUUAUUCCUGUCAAAUGGUUCGUUACAAUACUUGGUUGAAAGAGAGUCAAGAUUUUGAAAUACUUAAAAUGAUAUUGCAGUUCAUUGUUUUAGUUGGGACUACGAGAAGAUCUCAUCAAUUUAGUGGUGUUAUAUGUGCAAUUAUGAUGAUUAUUUACAAUGUUCAUGAAAAAGUUCAAUAUUGUUCUGAAGGAAUGGAAUAUAUUUAUCAAAUAUUUAAAGAAAUAAUAUUUAGUAGACCUUUGCCAUAUUGUUAUACAUUACUUAAUAAUUUGAUGAUGAUUUUUGUGAAGUCUACAACUCAUUUAAAGAAACUUUGUAUUAAUUCACAAUCAAUGGCAGUGAACAAUUGGAAAGGUUCAUUACAUUUUACUCCAGAUGCUUGUCCACUACAAAUCCUUUUAGCACAGGAGGAGAAUUAUCACUUUGAUAUAUUAUCUGCAAUUGACAUUACGGAUAUAUUGUUACAAAUUGUACAAUAUAUAUUACAUACAGAUAUUAUUCCUCUGAGAUCUGAAACUUUGAAUUCUUGUAAUUGUUGUAUGAAAUUGUUAAGAUUCACUAUUAAAACAUUAUGUAAGUGUUCUGAAGCAAAUCUAGCUGCCAUUGGAAAUUUUAAUCCAGAUAAUUUCCCUGUACAAAGGAAAAGUUCUUGUAAUUUAAAGAAUAUUUGUACGAAACACUCGCUGUUUAAUAUGGAAACAAAUAAAAUGUGUAUAGGUGAAAUAUACCAGGAUAAGUUUUCAGACGAAAAUGCUUGGUCAAUUAUGAAAAAGAAACAAUCAAAAGUAUUAAGAGACGGAAUAAGAUUUUUGUCGCAUUUGGCAAUAUGUGACCCUGAUUUUGUAAUUCGAUUAACGGAUAUCGAAGAUUCCUUUCAUUUAUUUAUGAGGAAUUUAAAUACUUUCGAAAAUUUUGUUCUUCAUGAAAAUGAACAAGAGGCUAUGAAUCGAAUAAAGCAAACUUUUAUUUUUGAUAAAACGCAACAAUCUGAAAUGGAACAAUUUGUAAAAAAGAGUUCCAUUAAGCAGUUGGACUUAUUAUCAAAUUUUGAAAAAAUAGUUGUUCAACCAAUAUCCGAAAGACCUAAAAAGAAUGAAAAUUAUAAUAAAACUUUACUUGCAUUCAAAUCAUUGUUUAAUACUAAAAUGGAUUUCUCGUAAUUUAAAAAUUUUAACAAAAUCUUAAUCAUAUAUUACAAUAAUAAAAUUAAUAUCGAAGACUGAAUUUAUUUGAAUUUGAGUACAAUUAAUUAUUAU